AGCAUAUUUAAUCCGACUAUCUCGGGUGUUUGAAUAUUUUGACAUUCACUUACGUCGCUGGAAGAAUUGCAGCAUAUGCGAUAAUCAUCCCCGAAGUUGCUGCGCGAUUUCUUGUUGCUACGGUCGGUUGUGUCACGUGUGGAAUACAUUAUGGAGGAGCUACUGGGCGUUCAUGGGAAGACGGUCCUUCAGCUGACGUUGGGAAUCCUACUAGUCAUCGGAGUCGCUGCAACGGCCCCGACACCAACUGACGAACAACUGGCGCUGUUAUGCACCCCAUGGAAUCGCUCCGCACCCACUUCCGAGCAGAUUCAGGCGUUGGCGGACUGCGUUAUGGGCAUCGGUAUGAACUUCCGCCCACUCGCUGAUGCAGCCCAGUCCACCAUCUCGAUGCCCACCGGGAACGGUAGCAAAAUCACCACACUCCAGCCUCCCACGAACACUACCACCGUCUGCCCCCCACCGCGCGGAACUCGCCGACCGACACCGCAGCCCGAUGCAGGGCACGUACCGUUGUUUCAGCGCCUCAUUAAAGGCCUCGUCAAUGCGACCAACUAUCAUCCCUUUUUCACCUUCGCCAUUAUCUUCACCAUCCUUGGCCUGUUUAUGCUGUGUAUUGCGCCUUUGUCGAUGUGUUUCAUCAAGAUCCUGGUCAAGCGCAGUGUACGUGACCGCAUCCUGAUGGUUGGUGGCCUGAUAGUAGGUAUUCUGGUUGGCGCUUUUGCCCUCGACAGCCUGCUGCAGUCACUGUACUGACCAUCCAGUUGCCCCGAUUUAACUACAACCUUUUCAACCACAGCAAUUUCUACGCUUUUAAGGAUAGAAAUACCGUGGAUUAAUUAAGUUUUGUGUGGCAAUAUUUAUUAUCGCUAGAAAUAUUCACGCCAUAUAUGAUGAUUUAAACCAUCGGCUUAAUUGACUGCCUUAGCCUUUAUUUUCGAUAAAAUUAUUCAGUUUUUAAGAAAUGUUAAUUAAUCAUGCUGCUUUGAAUAUGCUUUGGUAAAGUGCGGCAAAAUGCUGUCAUUUUUCUGGGUGGUAUGCACAUGUUCAUUAUAGCACCUAAAACUUCUCGCCAAAGUUGGAACUUGCAACCGUGCUGUGCUGAGAAUGUGAGCUGAUGCAUGGCGCAUAAUGAUUUAUUUUCGUGCAUGGGAAAAUCUUGUAAUGGCGAACUUGUGCAACACCGUACAGCAUAGUUA